AUGUUCUCAAACUUUUUACAAAUUGCAAAACAAUUUGUGAAACAUAUUAAUAUAUUCACAACCUUUUUACAAAUUGUAAUAAUUUUUUCCUAUUUUUCACAGAAGCAACAACAACGUCCAUCAAUCGUCUCUUCCUUAAUAAUGCUAGAAGGUGAUGGUGUAUUAACCCAAUAUGGAAUAGAUAUUACAAAUAAUUUACAAACAUAUAAUUCAAUUAAUAUUCUUAAAAAAUCCUUGUCAAAUGAUUUACCUUCUGAUUUUGAAAGGGGCAGUUGUAAUAGAAAAAGUUGUUUGUCAAUUAAUGAUAAUAGAAGAAUUAGUAAUAGCAACAACAAUAAUUGCAACAAUGUUGUAAUUAAUGAUUCUAUAAACAAUGCAAAGUUGGUUAGAAUGACUGAGUGGGAAUUAAGCAGAAGCAACAGUACUAUAGACUUUGAAGCAGUUAACCCUCCACUUCCUCAAAACAAUUCUUUUAUGAAAUUAUAUUUAAAAAGCAAGGAGAAGAACCAAAUUAAACAACAGGAAAAGAAUUGGCUUCCGUUUUUGGAAGUUAUUACUUAUUCUGGGCCUCAUAGAAGAUUGUGGCUUGGACCUCAAUUUUGCUUCAAUGUUCAUACUACAUCUUCUACGUCUUCAGAAUGUACAGAUGAGGACUCUUGCGAAAGUUUCAUUUCCCAAGUCAAUGGCCUAAAAAAGUGUUGCCCAGUCUUAAUCGAAAGAGAACAUCAACAACAUCACCAAAUGAAUGGAUUUAUUAAAUCAAACGAGGAAAUGGUUGUAGCAAAAAUUGUUUGUGGUUCUUGGUCUUCAGAAAUAGAUUCAAAAUCAAUGGAUGGGAUAUCUGGAAAAUUAAAAGAAAAAAUUGAUGAGGCAAUGAGAGAUUUGAAUUUGAGCGAGGAAAUGGAUGAUUCGCUGGAACAGAGUCAGGAAGAAGAGGAUCUCAUGACGCUUUCAAAAAUUGAUAUUUGA